UGACGCGGCGGUAGAAAUUGCCCUGCUUUUAGAAGUGUGAAUUUCGGACGGUUCGCCGGAAAAUACCGGCAAUUUUACACAUUUCUGAGGCAGCAACGGCACCGAGAGGUCUACCACCAUGCCGCUGACCUCAGGUGAAGAGAAGGCCAACCCCGACUGUAAGAUCAUGACCUUCCGCCCGACCUUCGAGGAGUUCAAGGACUUCUCCAGCUACAUCGGCUACAUGGAGUCACAGGGUGCUCACAGGGCAGGCCUCGCUAAGGUUAUCCCACCAAAGGAGUGGUGUCCAACCAAGGAUUAUGAUAAAGUAGAGGACAUGAUCAUCCCAGCACCUAUCCAACAGAUGGUGACAGGGCAGCAGGGUCUGUACCAACAGUACAACAUCCAGAAGAAACCACUGACUGUGAAGGAGUACAGAAAACUGGCCGAGAGUGACAAGUAUCGGACUCCUCGGCACAUUGACUAUGAAGACUUGGAGAGAAAGUACUGGAAGAACAUCACCUUCAUACAGCCCAUAUAUGGGGCAGAUAUCUCAGGUUCCUUGUAUGACCCAGGAGUGAAGGAAUGGAACAUCAACAGUCUCAACACAAUUCUGGACUUGAUAAAUGAAGACUAUGGCAUUAAGAUCGAGGGAGUGAACACAGCGUACCUGUACUUUGGCAUGUGGAAGACCACAUUUGCCUGGCACACAGAAGACAUGGAUCUCUACAGUAUCAACUAUGUGCACUUUGGUGCACCCAAAUCAUGGUAUGCUAUCCCACCAGAACAUGGGAGAAGACUAGAAAGGCUAGCAUGUGGUUUCUUCCCAGGAAGUUUCCAGAGCUGUUCCCAGUUCCUGCGCCACAAGAUGACCCUCAUCUCUCCCUACACUCUCAAACAGUACGGCAUCCCAUUUGACAAGAUCACCCAGGAGCCAGGAGAGUUCAUGAUCACGUUCCCAUACGGGUACCACUGUGGCUACAACCACGGCUUCAACUGUGCUGAGUCCACUAACUUUGCUACAAUGCGCUGGAUAGACUACGGCAAGAGGGCCAAACCGUGUGCCUGCCGGAAAGAUGGAGUCAAGAUCAACAUGGACACCUUUGUCAAGAACUUCCAGCCAGACCAGUAUGACCAGUGGAAGUCUGGCAAACAGGUUAUCUACAUCCCUGACGUGGACGGUGCCCACCGCCCCUCCCACAGCCACGAGUCCCUGGGGAAGAGAGUCAGCCCAAACAACGACCAGAGGAAGCGCAAAAACGUGGGGACAACCGCGGCGCGCAGACAUCCCAUCACACACACUGAUAAGGACUGCAAAUCAAAGGAUCCCAAUGCACCUAAGAAGCGUGGCCGUCCCAAGAAGACAGGUAAGGAGGAAACCAAGACGUCAGCUGAGGUGAAGGUGGAAGUGAAGACAGAGGAAGAUGUGCCACCAGCCCUGGUGCCGGAGAGGUUACCCACCAUCCAGGAGGAGCUGGAGCAGAUCAACAAGGACAAACCUGCGCAGAAGACUGAACUAGUGAGGGUGAAGCAGGAGCCAGAAGAUGACUUCCCGACCAGACCACAGCCUGUCAUCAGCAGUGAGAAACUCAUUCUCACUGCCAAGACUAGCCAGGUCAAGGUGGAGUCACAGGAGGACAGAAGCCCUCCAGUCCUGAAGCCAGAAGAGAGACUACCCCCCUUCCUGAAGCGAGAAGACCCCCUUCCUUCCCCAGAACCCCCCAGAAAGAAGCUCUGCGCCGGCAACGGUGCAACGACCCCCAGCAAGGAGCCAGAAAUGCCCACGCUGGUUAGUGACAAUGAGAUUGUCAACAUCGUGGAAAUCUCGGCGUCAGGGCAGACAGAGUGGCAGGCAUCACAGAGCUCCUCUACGUUAGGCAUCCCGGUGAUUAAGAAGAUGAGUAAACCCUUACGGAGGCAUCCCAUCAGUAAGGCUCCACCCAAGUCACCAACUUCAGUCACCAAGCAGGAGAGCAGUGAUGAAGACCUUCCCUUCGGUAUAGAGGAGAGCCUUGACACCUGGAUGCAGUCCAUGGCUGGCCUGUGGGUGUCCAGCCCUCCCAACUUCCCUCUGGAGAAGAUGCACAACGAUAAGAUGGCUAAACUGGACCCUUACUGUGCUGUCUGCGCACUCUUCAAGCCAUACAAUACGGUGCACCCUGAUGCUCCCUCUGGCACCAACCCCUACACCUGUCGGCUGCCGCGGCCGGUGGGUUACGCUGCCCGUAGCCUGGUACUGAUCCCGGAGCUGUGCUUCGCGGCGUGCUCCGUCAGCCCGUCUCCGCUGGACUCUAACCCCCUCAUCGACGCCAACCUCAGGAGCGCUGUGCUCAAGUGUCAGCACUGCAGCCUACAGGUCCACGCAAGCUGUUACGGAGUGUCUGACCCUGAGCUGCACUCUGGACACUGGACCUGCAGCAGGUGUGAGGCAGAAGCCUGGGAUGCGCAAUGCUGCCUGUGUGUGAUGCGAGGAGGAGCCCUGAAGCCCACCACGACGGGGAGAUGGGCCCACAUCAUCUGUGCCAUCGCGGUACAGGAGGUGUCGUUUGAGUCAGUCCAGGCCAGAGGGCCCAUCAACAUCAGCAAAGUGCCCAACGCCAGGAUCAGAUUGAAAUGUUGUUACUGCAAGAAGAUCAUGAAGAAGGGAGUGAACAUGGGGGCGUGUAUCCAGUGCUCGGCAGGCAAGUGUGCGCUCUCCUUCCACGUCACGUGCGCGCACGCGGCCGGCAUGGCCAUGGAGCCGGGAGACUGGCCGUUUUCCGUCUACGUGAUUUGCCAGCGCCACACGUGCAACAGGGAACGCGCGCGGAAUCGCCCGCUCACCGACAUCAGCGUGGGACAGAGCGUCAUCGCUAAACACAAGAAUGGACGGUACUACCAGUGCCAGGUGAUUGGGCUGACCUCUCAGACGUUCUUCGAGGUGAACUUUGACGACGGGUCAUACAGCAACAACCUGUUCCCGCAGGACAUCGAGAGCCACAACUGUGAGAGGGACGGCCCGCCCAUGGAGGGCACGCCCGUCACGGUGCGUUGGACAGAUGGGAUCCUGUACAACGCUGUGUUUGUCGGCUACAGCACAGUCACCAUGUACCAGGUCGAGUUCGAAGACGGGUCCCAGCUCACCGUCAAGAGGGAAGACGUCUACACCGAAGACGAAGACCUUCCAAGGAGGGUGCGGUCUCGCCUGGUAAGGACGCAGGGUCAAGGUCACGUAGUCCCAAGGUCAACCUCGGAGCAGACGUUAAGUAGCAAUGGAGCGACGGGGUUCACGAAAACUGGCGGUCCGCUGAGACCUGCUACUACUAAUUUCCAGUCAGAUGCAAUGGGGGGUUGGGAUAACAUGAUGGUUCCUAGUAGUAUGGAGCCAUCAAGUGCAAGAUAUAGGGAGGUAGGGUCUAGCAGAUCAGGCAGAAGGAGCUACGGGUCUGUGGAAGAAAGCAUGAGUUCUGUGUACGGCAGUCAGAACGCCAUACAGCAGAGUGUAGUGAGUGGAGCAGGGUUUAGUUUCACGUCUGAGAGUGACCCAACAUCAAUGGGCCGCAUGUCCAGCCAUGUAGGGUUUGGAUCAGGAAUGGGGCAGCAGCAGUCGGGGUUGGGGAUGGUGAACAGUGCGGUGUUCGGAUCAGGGCCAGUGUUCUACCAGCCGUCGUUCCUGGGGUUCCAGUACUACCCACAGCAAAUGGAGAGACUAGAGGCCCCCCACCAGCCUGUGCCAGGCUACUACGGUUCGGAGCUGUCCCCACAUCUCAUGGAGCUGUAUGCCAUGGUGCCAGAUGCACAGUCUUCAGGGCAGGGCAGGAAGUGAUUCAUUCUUACACACUCUAUAGCUUUAUAAGU